AUGUCAUCAACAACUAAUUUAGCAGUAUCAAGCAUAGCCAGAAGAAGUAAACCACCUAUAUGUGAAAAAUGUGAUAAUUGUAUUAAAAGAAUUGCUAAUAAACCAAAGUUAUUUGACGGUAAAGAAAAAAUAAUGAAAUUAUUAGAAGCAAUAGAAUUUUUAACACAAAAAGAACAACAAAUUAGUCCAGAUGACAUAGUAGAUAUUUUUAGAGGUGGAAAAACAGUAAAAAUAAAGCAAAAGAAUUGGGAUACUUUACACCUUUCUGAAGGUAGUAUAGGUUUAUCUAGUAGCAUUAUUGUAAUUGGUAUAAUAUUUGAUGUACAAGUAAAUGUUAAUAUGCAAAUAUAG